GGCAGUUUUCAGCUGCACAGCCAGCCUCGCACAACUGCGAGGUGUCGGUAUGAUACCUCCACCAUGCGGCCAUCCUCGUGACUCGGAAUUCUGAUGCGUUCGGCAGCCUAGACGCCGUAUGAUGCGCCGUGCGGUAACACGCCUAGCUCGUCGUAACUUCGGCUUCGCCGGCACACAGAUCAAAACGCCGAGCGACUGGGACGCCGCGGCGACGCAAGCGAUCGCCACAGCACGGACGCACGCCGACGCCAUCAAUGGCAAGAACCGGGACCCGCUGCUCACGCUGCGACGGCUCGACGCCGUGUCGGUGGCGCUGUGUAGUGUGCUGGACCCGGCGGCGUUGUGCGUGGCGGCGCACGACUGCGCCGACUGGCGCGCGGCCGCGUCAGGCGCAGCAGCGAGGGUCGAGGGCGUGAUGGAGGAGCUCAACGCCAGCGCCGCGCUGGCGUUGGCCGCGGCCGCAUGCGCCGCUGGCAACGAUCUGCCGCCUUCGGCGCGGCGACUGGCGGACGCCUUCCAUUCCGAGUUCUCGCGCGACGCGGGCGUCGCUCCGGCGAGAGCCACGGAGCGCCAGGCCGUCCAGCUUUUGUUCGCGACGGACUUCGACGAGAGCGCCUCUUGGAUACGCGUGCCGUGCGUCGGGGCCGAGCGCGUCGCGGCCGCCGUCGACGCUGCGGCGCCGGGCUGCGCCUCCCAUAAUGGCGACAGCGUCGACCUCUUUUCGACGUGCUCGGCCGUCUCCGCCUUCCUGACCGUCUCGCAUGACGCUACUGCUCGAAAGAUCGUCUUCGACCACCACGAGGCGGCGCUGAGCUUCGACGCGCUCGACGUUCUGGCGUCGGCGCGCCGGGGCGUCGUGACCGCCCACUCAGCCCUCGAGGGUUCGUUGAUUGGCGGCGUCGACGCGGCCAAGGCGUUCGUCUACGCCGCUUUGACCACAGCAAAACGCCGCGCGGCCUUCGAGGAGCGACGAGGCGCGGCGCUGUUGGGCUUGGAGCGGCUCGAGCCUUCGGACCGGCUGGCCGCGGCGCACCGACUCCGAGAAAGGCAGCCGACCGACGAUGGCGACGUAGUCACCGCGAUCUGCGUCGCGCCGCCUGGUUUCACGGUCGACGAGGUCCCGUGCGGCGCCGACGAGGCCUGGGCGCCGGGCGUGCGGAAGCUUGUGGUUGCCGGUCGCGGGACGCGGGCGACGAUCUACCUCGACUUGGAGCCGCGGCCGGGAAAGCCCACCGGUUGCGCGCACUACACCGUGGCCUGCGCGUGCGACGUCGACGGGAGCGGCGCGGACGCGCCGGCGGAGACGUGGGGAUUACUCACGCCCUCACGGCUGCCGGCCGUCGGGGCGAUCGUCUCGUCGAGCCCCGACGCGCGCGCCCUGGCGCACGAGUGGGGCCACGCCCUGCACGGCGCCAUCCACCGGUCGACGAGUCAGCACCUGGCUGGGACGCGCGGUUCCACGGACGCGGCGGAACUGCCGGCGACGGCGCUAGAAGUGCUGGCGCCCCGGCGCCGGCGCAACACGCGCGGUAUGGAGGCCGUCGCCGCGUUGCGCGGGGCCGUGUUCGAUCUCGCACUCCACGGCGCCUACGGUUGCGACGUCUCUACUUACGCGGCUCUCGCGAUCGCAGACGCGCGCGCCGGCGCGGGCCGCCGAGCGGAUAUAAUCGACUGGCUGCCCCACGUCGCCGAGGCGCCCGCCGCGCUAUACGCCUACCCGUGGGGCCGGGCGCGGGCGGACGGGCUCUGGCGGCGGCCCGACGCGGAGAGCGAGCUGUUGUGUGUGCUUGAGGGCGAUGAGGCGAGGGCUUUAGAUUGGUAAUGUUGUUGACAUGUUUUA